GUUUUCUCUGUUUGUCGCCAGUAACAGCUUUGAUCACAAUUGAUGGAAAUGGGCAUAGCGCCAUGAUCGAUUCAACGAUCAGACCGCGCGCGUCCACCAAAUUUAGAUGCUGGAUGAAAAAUGUACAUGAAUCAAUGAAAGCAGUGCGAUCCAUCUGUUGGCGCUACAAUGCGAAUGCCUGAAACCAACGAAAAAGUAAGAGAUCGGAUCUUACUUACCGUCACUGCGAGGCAACUGGCUGAGCCAGUGCUUGCGCAUUGUGAAUCCUAGGAAAUUGCAUGCAUCUUCAACAUCAUUUUUUAGUUCUAGACUUUAUUGACAUCAAAGGAUCAGUGCGGGUUUUGAUGAUCUUGAAAUUGACACACAUUUCAGUGAAUGUAGAUGAACGAGCCAGGGUGGAUUCAAAAAAUCUUCUGAUGUCUCCGCGAUAGAUCCGCCCACGGAAAAGAUCAUAUAGAUAUACCCCAGUAUGUGAUACAUCGAUCAAGAGUAACGUAAAAUCUUGAUCCAUUGGCUUUUUCUCCGCUCAAUAGACAGUGCCUCAGAUGAUGACCGCAAGCAUCAUCGAAAGUUGUUUCUCUCAUCUGCGCCUAUGUCUAGUACGACUGAUACUGAUCUAGCGAACUCUCUCUCUCUCUCUCUCUCUCUCUCUCAUAUUGAAAGAAGUUCUUUUUCUUCGUAUAAUUUCCGAGCAUCACCAUGACAGUACCUACCGCCCCUGCAGGAGCCUCUGGCAGCGCACCUUCAGUGGCCCCCAGUCACAAGGCCACCGCCACCACAACCACCACGAAUAUCCACCUGACCCUGAGCGAGGUCCCCAACGCGGAUGGCAGCGCGAUGUUCGGCUCUUCCAUCUGGAAUGGCCCACGGUUUCUGGCGGCCGUGUACGGCCCGUGUAAGAUCCACAAGGGACACUUACUACCGGAAAAGUUGAAGAUCGAACUGGUGUACAAGAGUUUUGGAGGUGGUUCGAAUUCGACGACCGCAUCGGCUGCAUCAGAAAGCCUCAGUAGAAAUCAAACCUCGUCUUUGUCCUCCACCGCCGCAGACCGUGUUGUGGAGGAGAAAUUGAAGGUGUUCCUGGAAAAUUUGCUCGCGACGGAAAAAUACGCCGGGUGUGGGAUCCGGGUGUUCGUCUACCCCAUGAUGUCUAUGUCAACAGCGGCAGUACUAGCAGGGUCAUCUACUUGUACUUCGCGACCACAGCACUCAGCGACAUUUUGCGGCCCGGAGCUGUUCAACUCGUUGACCUGCGCUUGUCUGCACGCGGGCUUAGAAUUUAGAAAUGGCACGCCGUUUUGCGUGUUGUCGACGACAAGUUUUAUCAACAGCGUUGAAGCAGAUAGUACUACAGAAGAUGUUGCUCGACAUGUUGGGACGAAGACGAACAAGCUGGCACGAGUGUUGGGAUUCGCGAAAGUGGCUACGUCGUGUAGCAGCAGAGAUGUAGAGGACGAAGCCGCAGCGACCGAAUCUGGUGCUGCGAAAAGGCGGAAACUGGAGCAGAAGGGCAAUAAGCUAGGUUCGGAAGAAGAGGUGAUAACCGAAAUGGAUUCGGUUGUCUUCGGGGGACAAGAAUCGGAUGAAUCUGCAUUAAGCGUCGACGAAACCGAACCACCAGCAGCUUCAUCAACCGAAGCAGAUGCGAAGAAACUUCUGAAAAGGGCAAGGAAACAAGCAGACAGCAUUCGGGAGCAAGUUCGUGCAGUUUUUCAAAAACACUUCGAGAAAAACCUUCCGGCGUGA